UCCCGCGCCCCGCGCUCUCCGGCCCGCCGCCUGCGUUCUGGCUCCCGAGCCCGCACUCCCGCCCUGCCCGCGCGCUGCCCGAGGAUGGAGCUGCUGUGCUGCGAGGGCACUCGGCACGCGCCCCGGGCCGGGCCGGACCCGCGGCUGCUAGGGGACCAGCGUGUCCUGCAGAGCUUGCUCCGCCUGGAGGAGCGCUACGUGCCCCGCGCCUCUUACUUCCAGUGUGUGCAGAGGGAGAUCAAGCCGCACAUGCGGAAGAUGCUGGCGUACUGGAUGCUGGAGGUGUGUGAGGAGCAGCGCUGUGAAGAGGAAGUCUUCCCCCUGGCCAUGAACUACCUGGAUCGUUACCUGUCCUGCGUCCCCACCCGAAAGGCGCAGUUGCAGCUCCUGGGUGCGGUCUGCAUGCUGCUGGCCUCCAAGCUGCGCGAGACAACGCCCCUGACCAUCGAGAAGCUGUGCAUCUACACCGACCAUUCUGUCUCCCCGCGCCAGCUGCGGGAUUGGGAGGUGCUGGUCUUGGGGAAGCUCAAGUGGGACCUGGCCGCAGUGAUUGCCCACGAUUUCCUGGCCCUGAUUCUGCACCGGCUCUCUCUGCCCCGCGACCGACAAGCCUUGGUCAAGAAGCACGCCCAGACCUUUUUGGCCCUCUGUGCUACAGACUACACUUUUGCCAUGUACCCACCAUCCAUGAUUGCCACAGGCAGCAUCGGAGCUGCAGUGCAAGGCCUGGGUGCCUGCUCCACGUCUGGGGACGAGCUCACAGAGCUGCUGGCAGGGAUCACAGGCACUGAAGUGGACUGCCUGCGGGCCUGUCAGGAGCAGAUUGAAGCUGCCCUCAGGGAGAGCCUCAGGGAAGCCGCCCAGACCUCUCCCAGCCCAGCGCCCAAGGCCCCCAGGGGCUCCAGCAGCCAGGGGCCCAGCCAGACCAGCACUCCCACAGACGUCACGGCCAUCCACCUGUAGCCCUGGAGAGGCCCCCUCGAGUGGCUGCUGACAGCAGGAGGGGACCUUGUCACCCCCCUCCCUGGCUGCAGGAACAGAAUCAUGCCACAGCUGAAGCCUGAGGGGGCUCCUUCCCCUUGCCCCUCGCCAGCCAGAGGGGUCAGGUCCUACCUAACCCUGCAGUGUGCACUAAGGGGCCUGGCCGGCCACGGCUGGGGGCCAGUCCGGCUCCUCCUCCUGCCUGCAUCCAGCCAGUGACAUUGAGGUGUAAUACAUGUACCAGCAUUCCUUUCUAGGGGCUCCCUUAUCUCUGGGGCUCUCAACUGCCAAAACUGAACCCGAGCCCCUGGCAGAGAAAGCUCGGAGUCCUAACCACUGGACCGCCAGGGGAUUCCCUAAUUACUGCAUUUGGAUUGGGAUCUUUCUGAAGAAGCCUCGGAUGUUCUAGUUACACAUUAGGGGCAAGAGUGGACAUCCCUCUCCAAGCACUUGGAGGCCCUGCAUAAUCCUAGCUACUCCUAGGAGGGGCCCCGGCCACCGUCCAGGGGCAGGAAUCAACCUCCUUGCUUUGCUUUCUGCUCAGCUUCUCCUGUGUGAUUGGGGGGAGGGGGGUGUCAGUGCAGAAGGAAGUUGUUUUAAUUUAUUAAUUACUUUGAGUACAACUGUAUGAGGGUGUGGUGGGGCCCUUCUCCCCCCGCCACAGGGGUGGUAACCCUGGUGGUUGCUGUAUUCCUCCCCUCUGCUACUUGCUAGAGGAUCUUUGUGGCCAAGGAGCUGCUAUGCCUGGAGUGGGGCCAUACCCUCCUCUCCCUUUGGCCCUCUGCCCCAUCCUCCAGGAGCAGGGGGCGUUGCAGAAUGAAGCAGGGGAUGACCUGGUGAUGAUCAAGCCCCCUGUCCAGAGAGGGAGGCAGGCCCUGUUAACACAGGUCUUUCCUGAGGCCACAAGGUCCAGGCUGGUGGCUGAGGACCAUCAUGCUACCUUUAUAAUAAAGUUUCUAGAAUAAAACUGACUCUGGCUUCUUGGAUUAGAGGGCAGUCUGUGGGAAAGCUUAUUUCUAGACUGCAUGGGGUAAAAGAGGGCAGAAAUCAAUGUCUGGAGCAGGAGUCGUCCCACCUUUUCUGUCUUGGGCCAGAGCAGACAUUUCAGGCUUUGUGGGCCAUGUGGCUUCUGCCUGUGUUAUCGGAAGUUCUGCUGUAGAACCUGAUGUGCACAUUUCUAAAAAGCACUGCACUAUGCAAAACUGCACAAUUAAGGCCACAUGGCUUAUGGGGGAAA